AAAACUUAAAUUAUAAUAUUUUGCUAAUCUCCGAGUUGAAGAGAGACAUUUCUUGGUAAGGGAUAGCGAAGAUGUGCGAUUUAAUUCAACUGUGAAUCACAGUAGGCCCAUGAGACCUAUGAGACGAACAGUGAGUCGAUCAUGAUGCAUCGUGUCCGUAAUGAAUGUUCCUUGGCCAAUCAAAAUGACCUAUUCAAGGACGAGUGAAUUUAACCUCGACUCAAGAUGUGGCCACUUAGCUCCUGACUAAAGAAUCAGGUAUUCGUUGGAUAUGAGGGUGGAUGGGCCCCGCAGGUGUAUGGGACGUAGUGGCGAAGAGAAAAAUAACCUGCUCUAAAUAGAACGCCUGCCGUGCAGCCCGUGGUCAGUCACUGUACUGGUGCGCUCUAUCGAAAUAAUACGUUUAGUGAAAUCCUUGCGGCUGAUGAGAACAAGGACGUUUUGUAUCACCUAUCUCCACAAUAUCGAGACGGUUACGAACCUGUGAUAGCAGAUGAAGAAUUCAACUAAAUCAAGAUUCUGGAUAAGUCCCGUCUCAUCUUAGUAAGUUGUUUAGACAAAAGAAGUGAGUACGAUAACAUUAGUCUGAGAUAAAGCAACGCCUCCCUCUUCCCUGUACGUGCAGGGCGUUGUAUCUCUGCGUGUGACUGACCCCAGUGUUGCACCCACCGACCCGAGUAGUGGAAGAAUGAGAAGAGAAUAUCCCGGUAACAAUGAAGUGGAAACGGAUGUGAAGCCUUGGGCAGGCAAGUUCCUUUCAUUCGCGCCCAAGUAGUCACGGCGUGGUGUGGGGUUUGCUCUGAGUCGCCGCUCAAGUCCGUUGCAUCUUCGCAGAACGAAAAGAACUGGCCGUAUCUCUUCUUCACUUACCUCUUCUGAAGAACACAUACACGAAUGCAACCAACGCAAGACUCAAGCAUCAUUACAGCAGUAAGAGUAUUGAAGCUGUCAGGAUUCCAGUACGCCUUUGAUCCGUGCUCGUGAAACAGUAUGAAGUACGGUGUGCAAAUCGUACUGUGUGUGUUGGGGGCAAUGGUAGGAGUUGUCCGCAUGGACGGUGUGAAAGUAGACAGCCAACUAGCGUCCAUAAGAAGCGACUGCUACGAGAGGGUGGCAAUUGGACAGCGGCUCAAAUCGUCCGACGUCCUGAGGAGCACAGUGUCUCAGCGGGUCAAAAACUGCGAGGAAGAGUGUGACUUGGACCUAGACAAAUGCAGCUCAUUCGAUUUCGGAAUCAGCCAACAGGGGAAUGGAACCUGUAACCUGUCGCCCAAAAUUCCUCCUAGAUCUGGAACUCUCGUUGAAGACCCCGACUAUGACGUGUACGUGAAGAAGCAGGAGUGCCGGUACGUGAGGCCGCCACCCCUGAGCUACCCUACCCUCACGAAGCCCAAGGAGACGUGCUUCCGGAGGUUACUGACAGGCAAGCGGGUGGCAGAACAGCACAUCAGGAGGUCCCUGCCUUCCCAGACUGCAGACCUUUGCCGAGAGGAGUGUUCUACAGAGAAACAUUUUGUCUGUGAAGGAUUCAACUACAGGGUGGAUGUGGGCGGAUUCGGGCGAGGCAGCUGUGAACUGACCGACGUUCCGUCCACACGUCUGGAUCUGGGUCGGGACUUCUUCCCGGAUAGGGAAUACGAUUUCUACGAGCGAGACCGUAACGACGGGCCCGAUUGCAAUGUGCCCCUCGGGGGCGGACUAUACGGAGACUCCAAUGCUUACGAGCACUAUUACGGGUCGGGAGGGAACACAGACCGUUACAAUUCAUGGGAUGGUGGAAGGAGACCUUCAUACGGUGGUGGACGAUGGGAUAAUUACGGAGGUAGUUCCAGUCAUGGACCCUGGGGUUCUUAUGGAAGUGUAAAUUAUGGUGGGGGUGGCGGUGGUCAAAAUUAUGGUCCAUGGUUUUCCUAUGGGAGUGGUGGAGGAUCUCAUGGGGGUGGAGUAGGAUUCUAUGGGGGUAGUGGAGGUGGGGGUAAUGGGUGGUAUGGAACUGGUCGCCCACCAUCAGAUUGGCAAAAUUCAGGAGGAGGGAGAAGGGGUUGGUAUUGGAGUAGGCCAUCCGGAGGAUGGAAUGGAAACAAGGAAGUCGGUUUUCAUGGCUAUGGCUCUGCUCCACCCUUUGGUUACCAUGAAGAAUGUUUUCUGCGGUCUCGAACUGGCUUCAGACUUGAUAGGAGAAUUCUUAAAGUGGCAAUCACAGUUCCGUCUCUUCAUGACUGUGAGAUAGAAUGUGCCAAAGAGGGUCAUUUUAUAUGCAACAGUUUCAGUUUCAGGUACAGUUUGGAGCCCAGUUUUCCACAUGAAAACUGCCACCUGAGUGACAGGAUUUACUACGACCUCGAUCCUUACACUGACAUACUUCCAGACAGGAACUAUGACGUUUAUUCUAGGAAUGAAUAUGCUCGAACCUGUCAGGAGAAAUUUCCUCAGCGACGUCCAUAUGUAGAGAGUGAAUGUUUUGUGAGGGUGCGGAGUGGGCAAAGCCUAGACCAUUCUGUGGUGAAGGACAGAUUAAACGUGCACUCAGUUGGAGAAUGUGAGUUGGAAUGCCUGCGAUCAAGAUAUUUCACAUGCCGAGGGUUUAGCUACAGAUAUGGUCCACCUAUCAGUGCACCGCCAGAAAACUGCCUGCUGUCCGACUGGCCAUUCUUUGAGCUGGACCCCAGACGACAACUGGUGGAUGAUUUAGGCUAUGAAUUAUAUGAGAGGGGAAGCUAUGGUCAUGGUUGUGAGAUUAACCACUAUAGCCCCUACCCAGAAGAGCAGUAUGAGUUUCAACACCAGCAUCACUACCACGAAGGGGGUGGAAGUGGACGUCAUCCCCCAUCACGUCCUCCCCCACGACCACCAGCGUAUCCCAAACCCAGUGACGAACAAUGCUAUGUGGUGUAUGGGGGUCCAGCCCGUCUGCUUCCUAUCGUUGUACGCAGCUCUCUGGAUGUCCCUACAGAAUUGGACUGCAAAGCCGAGUGCACCCGGGCACGAGAGAGCUUCAACUUCUUCUGUACUGCUCUCAGCUUCCGAUCAAGGAAUGUGUAUCAUCCCAACCCUCGUUAUGACGAAAACGUUCCAGAACACAAUUGUCUUCUUAGUGACAUUGAGCAGCGUGACCUGAGACCUGGACUGGACUAUAUACAUGACAGCAACAACUGGAUGUUUGCUUGGAACUUCCUGGAUCAGCGAUGUGACCUCAUAGCACACAAUCCAGAACAACAACACAGAUUUGAUGGACAUUACAUUCCGGGUCGAGUGGAUGUGCAAACAUGGCAGCGGUUUACCGUGUCUGGAAGGCCAUGCCGUUAUGGAACAGAAUGCAUAGAGAACAGAGAGGCAGGAUUCUGGUACUGUGAGUUGGAGGGCGGGGAUGCCGGAGCCUGGGAUUACUGCUGCAGGCCUGGACACCAGUGUGGCUACUCAGAGGGCUACAGCUACCCAUGGUGCUAUGUAGGAAGCGCUGCAAGGGACCAAUGGAGACCUUGCAGUGACCACUACUAUCCUUACUCUCAUGAUCCACAUGGAGGCCCUCAAAGACCACCACAUGGCCAACAUCAUAUUGAAGCAUUCCACUAUGAAAUGUACGGCCCCCCACGGUACUGGCCUGUUGCUUAUCUGCAUAAAGAUGCUCCACCUAAUUCCACCACACUUAUUUUGCCCCCAGGAAAUAAAGAUUCUGGGUCCCUUUUAUCAGGGUAUGGUUCACAUAUUAAUGGUGGGAUUGAGAAUCACGUAGACAGUAACAGGUACAAUUAUGGAAAAAAACUGACUUGGCUCACCCCAGACAACAACACAGGCUCUCAUACUGCAACAGUGACAAAGAUUGAUAUUGAUAAAAGCAAGGAUCAGAAUAUGAAAGAUAAGAUGGAUCCAUUGUUUGUACUUGUAAAUGAAUAUGAUUCAUCAGGUACUGAGACCAAAAAGGACCACAAAUUGACUGGAAUGCCAGAGGCUGAUAUGAAAACAACAACUAAUGCCCCUACAGGAGUCACAAAGCUGCAACCACGUUUUGUGACCCUUCGGGAACAAGAUCACAAGUUGUCAAAGCUUGUUGCAAGAGAUACUGUUCCAGGGGAAAUUAAGCAUUGGAGUUGGAAAGGAAAUAAAAAUGAGGAGGAAGAGGUAAUGAGCAAGGUAAUACCAACACCAGUGGAGUUCAGGCGGAAAAUGUCGCAACAGAGCAGUAAUGGUGAUGCAGGAAAUGUCACGGUAAAAACCGUUCAGUUUCAGUUAGCUGUGCCUCGAGGAACUGUUACUAAAUUGUGAUUUUUCCUUUUGUAAGAGAAAGCUGUGUUUUGGAAAAUGGGCCUCAGAUAUCACUGCCUAUAACUGGACUUUCAUUCUCAGAUAUGAAACCAUUAUGUUCAUAUCAAAACAUUGAGCAGGAUAGCAUACAAUGAGUUGUGAUGUAGAAACCACACCAGCACUGUACAACUACAAUAUGCCAGUAUGAAAAUAUUUGUGUAGACAUGGUAUUUUUAUUAUGAUAUCAUAUGAACACUGUGGAAUGGCACUCCAAACUUUUCUCCUUAGGCCAUUGAUCUUUGGCCACUGCUGCAUAAAGCUCAUAUAAAUAUACAGAUAAUGACAACUUUCAGCACUUGUUUGUAAGUCAGUGUUCCAUUUUUUAUACAUUUUAUGCAUAAUGUGUGUACAAUGAAGUCAUAAAGGUGAAGUUCUGUGAAUCCAAUAGUGCAUACAUCCACCCAUCUACACAUUUGAUCUCUAAUUCCUCAAAGUAUUUCAUUUAAAUUAGUUACUGAGAGUACAUAAGAAGAUGUCAAGAAAAUUUAAUUUUUGUUUGUAUCAGUCUAAUGUCAACCUUAUCUCUUAUGAAACUAAAAUCAAACUCCAUCAUUCAUCAAUAAUGGCUUACUGUAAAAGAAAAAUUAGUAAAAUAUUAAAUGUUAAUGUUAAGAUCUACAACUUUCUUUUGAAAUGAUGUUUGAUGAAGUAUAAGUUACAAAAAUACACAGAAAAAUAACUGAUGAUUGUAGCCAGUGUGACUGAACUUGCAGCAGUAGUUUUGUAUCUGCAAUAAGUUAACAUUAAGAUCAAUGAAAUAUACAAAAUAUCAAAGAAAUGUGUACUCAGUAUUAGGGAAUUUGUUCAUGUUUUUCAUACUCACUCAUAUUUCGUUUCUAAUUUAUUUUAAUUUUUUAAUAGAGAUGGUUUUCUUUGAAACAUGAGUCAUAUAAAUCUUUCAAGACCUUAGCAUAAAAUAUCAAAAGAGCUUCUCUCAAAACACCCCUGCAUUUUUCUAACAUGUGUGGGAACUAUGUACCGACAGCCUGUUUCCAAAGGAUGAAAAUCUAAGGCUACAAAAAUGUCUAUAAUAAGGGACCCAGCUUCACAACUCAUUAAAUCAGCUUUGUUUUCAACCAUGGUAUUUGUCGUAGAAAUCACUGUGUUUCAUUCUGCUUAAGUGUGUAUUAAUUUUCACAUUUUGAAAAAAUUGAAGAGGCCCAUUUUCAAAACAAGUUACAAAAGAAUUCACAGACAUCAAGGUUUGGAAUCUUUUCAGAAUUCUGUUUCCUCUGUCCUUGGUGAGAUUUUAGAAGAUGACUUGAAAGGCAAAAAUUUGGGAAGGUGACUUGAAACAUUUAACUUGUGACCAAGUUACUUGAGUUAAUGGGAAAAGAAAGAAUUCUGAAGUUUGUUCUUGCACCAGUGUUGCUGGAAAAGAGUUCUAAAUAUUAACGUCAAAGGUGACUGGAUUCCUAAACAAAUAUUUGUAGCUGAAUAUCUGUAAUGUGCAUGGUACUGAAGGAAAAAAUCUAAUUUCAAAUGCAAAUAGCAGAAUACAGGAAGCCCUUCCCCAGUAUGCAUUUCACCGAUGCCGAUUUACCUAUACAUUAAAACCAAAUACCAACACUUAUCCUUGAAUGUGGAAAUUUUUUAAUAUAUGCAGUCUCCCAAACCUGCUCUUAUAUUCUAUGUGCCAACAUGUAUGCCAGCAUUUUCUUCUAAUAUCUUCAACAAUAAUCGUACUGAUCCUAAUGAUUCACUGGCUUCAGAGAAAUAAGCCCUCUGCUUCUAAAUGCAUGAUCAUCAACAGAAGUCUUUGGCAUCAUCAUUCAUAGGUAAAUAAUUUACAGUAAAAUAUAACAUUUAAUAUACUAUAUUUCUAUUUACCAUAUGUUAACAACAUAACAUUUAUGGUUUCAUUUUGUCUUUAUUAUUUUAUUAUGUUUUUAUUUUAUAUACAGUAUUUGUGUUUUUGUAGUCCCCUUUUCUUAGUAUAAAUUGGAGGCUUUAUGUAGCCACAUUGACAAAUCCUCACUUAACUAAUUAGGUACUGAGUUUACUGAAUGCAUAUUUACCUACUAUGCUAAUAUUGAUGAAUCUAGAUCUCACAGGGAAUGAGGGUUUACUGUAUUAUGAAAAAAAAAACAAAACAAGAUUAUUGCUACAGUAUGUUACAGAUGUAUUCAGAAAAUCACCUAUCCAUCCAUCUGUUAGAAACAGCACCUAAACCAAUGGACUGACUUCACUUAAAUUUGGUAUGGUAGACCUAUGAUAAAUUUAUAAGAUUUGAAGUUUUCAUUGCAGUGAAGAUUCAUACUGUGGUCUUCUGAUUCAUGAUAUUGUGUCAUACAAUAAAUUUUAUCAAACCAUUCUCAUUGUGGUUUACCAUUGUUUCAUUUUGUAAGUCACUUCAUACAAUGGUAAAGGUAAACUUGUUAUCUUUAUUAGUCUUACGAGAUUUUGAAAAACCUACAUGCAUGGACUUCUUGUUAUAUGACAAUUGCAAAGCAAGUUUCAUUGCCUUUAAUUAAUUUUAAAGGAACUAGUUGAACUUUACAUGCAUUUCGAGUUUCAGCAGUAACAGAAGAGGUAAAUUAUUUAUGGUACUGAUCCUGUAUCCUAAGGAAUACAAUGCGACAGUACCAGUUGAUAAAUGUGCAUUAAAAGAUAAUGGAAUAUUCAUGUUAUGUUACUUGAGUAAAGAAUGAAGAUGUUCACUGCAGAAAUUUCCAUCAUUUUUAAUGAUGGAUAAUAAUUAAUAUUUAGAACUCCUUUUUCACCAAUUCAAGAUGAGUUAUGUACCUAACCAAAUGUUGGUUAAAAAACAUUUUAAUAUACUGCAUAGAUUUCAGUCAUUUGUAGAAAUGUUUUACUUGAAACUUUUGUACAAACACAAGCAUAAUGUUUUUAUGCAUACUGUUUAUGUGGCAUGAAUUGUAAUUUCUCAGUUUGUUUACAAUAAAUUAUGUUUUGUGUACAUUAAAU